GCCCCGGGACACGCCCCGGCCCAGGGGACACGCCCAGCCCGCCGCCGCCACGGAGCGACAGACGGCGGGACACGUCGCCCUGUGUCGCGACAUGGUGGGGGACAGUGGGGACGUGCCCCGCCGGCCCGGACCGCUCCAUGGUGCCGGAGGUCCGUCCCCGAGUCCUGGAGGAAUCGGCUGAGGGAGCUGCCCAGCCGCUCUCCAGGAUGUUUGGAAGGUCCUGGAUGUCCGGUCAUAUCCCAGCUCCGCUCGCCUUCACCAUGCUCCAGCUGACCCGCGUCUACAAGGGUAAUUCCAUGUUCCGGGGGAACGCCAGUCUGAAUGGGCAGCUCAGCCAUCUCCUGGAAGGGAAUAAUGUCACCCAGGUGCUCCCGCUGGAGCCUCCGGACGCCUGGGCCCGGCGGCAGAGCGAGGUGAUCGACUACCUGCAGAACUUCAGGCAGCUGGUGGUGCUCUUCAACAAGGAGAGACCCACCGAUUUCACCCAUCACCUGUGCUGCCACCUGGGCUGCCGCCUCUACCCCAACGGCACAGCGCAGAGCUUCUACGAGGUGACCCUCAACAGGACGGCGUUCCUCAGCUUCCACGUCCCCAGCGCCACCUGGGAGCGGCGCUGGCCCGGAGAGCUCCCGGUGGCCUCCUUCGCCCAGCAGGAGCUGAUGAAAUACCCCAAAACCACCCAGGACCUGCAGUAUUUCCUCAACACCACCUGUGUCAGCAUCCUGGAGGCUCAGAGUGCCAGGACAGGAAGGGUCAGCGGCCGAUCGCGCACCCCGCUGGUACUGGGGCUGGUCCUGGGCAGCCUCAGCCUGCUGGGCAUGGCCCUGGGCAUCUUCCUGUGCACGGGAGGGAGCUGCUAGCGUGGGCAGCUGUCCCGUGUCACCCCAUGGACACAGGGGACGGACCUGGCAUCUCCCCGUGCAGCCAUCACCACCCUGUGGAGGCAGGGGACAGACCCAUCAUCUCCCUGUGGAGUCAGGGAUGGAUCCAUCAUCUUCCCAAGGAUCCAGCAACUCUCCGUGGAUCCAUCAUCACCCUGGGGAGGCAGGGGCUGGUUCCAUCAUCCCUGCACAGAGACAGAGGAUGGUUCCAUCAUCCCUGUAUGGAGACAGAGGCUGGUUACACCAUCCCUGCAUGGAGACAGAGGCUGGAUCCAUCAUCCCUGCAUGGAGACAGAGGAUGGUUCCAUCAUCCCUGUAUGGAAACAGAGGAUGGAUCCAUCAUCCCUCCGUGGCGGCAGGGACUGAGCCCAUCCCUCACAAGGGAUGUGUGUCCUCAGUGCCACAGGCUUUGCUCCCCAAGGACACCGGUGGCUUCCCAGUCCUGUCCCAGCUGGACUGACCCCUCCAGCAGCCCCCAGCCCUGUGGACAGUCCUCACACCAGGCAAUGCACUAAGACUCCACACAGAAACACUGGGCAUGCAUGGAAAAAUGGGGGGGAGAGGCGUGGGGGGAAAGCAGCAGGAGAAACAGCCAUGGAACUGUUAAAAGGAUGGUGUUAAACCCUCAUUCAUCCCUGCUCCAGUGGGGAUGGAGGGAGGAUGUCACACCUGGGGUAAUAAAACCAUCCAUCAGCUCCCA